AGUAGAGAUAUCCAUGAUUUGUCAAUUCCUUUAGAUCAGUAAUAAUUAAACCGGUUUAAAACUGUCGUGUAAACGUAGUCACUGACGCAGCCCUCAUUGUGGGGACAGCCAUGAGGAAAGGUUGGAAGGAAAGAUCGUAUUCAGUCGUAUUUUAGACGGGUGAUGUGUCGGGAGAUAUCAUUCCUAUCCUCUUCCAUUUUGUUGAAAGCAAAAUUAAGGAAGGUUUACUGGGGUUCGACUACAGUUAUACUAACUUAAAUUUGUUCCUCUUGUAUGAACUUUAUUAAAUAAUUUGUUGGCGAAUGGCACGAAAGAGCGAGGGGUGGAGGGCGUCACCAUAUUGGCAACUUGUAACUUUUGGUAAGAAGGAACCAAAAAAUAACCGAAGAGUGCUCGUUUCUCCAUGAUAAUAAUGCCUUGGAAUAUUAUAAAUUAAUCGUGCCUACUUAAUACAUCAUCGGGUUUGAACUGUUUAUUGAAUCGAGUACUCAUUUACGAGUUUUGACCUUUUUCUGAAAAAUGAGUUUCUUUGGAUUUGGUCAAUCUGCUGAUAUAGAGAUUACUUUGGAUGGUGUUGACACCAGAAAGACUGCAGAUAUUAAGUCCGAAGAUGGAAAGAAAGAACGCCACUUAUUGUAUUAUGAUGGGGAAACUGUUUCUGGCAAGAUAAGUAUUAGUCUACGAAAGGCUGGCAAGUUGGAGCAUCAGGGGGUCAAGGUUGAAUUUAUCGGACAAAUAGAGCUGUACUAUGAUAGGGGUAACCAUCAUGAGUUUACCAGUCUCGUGAAAGAGCUAGCGAGGCCAGGGGAACUGACCCAUAAUACAGUAUACCCUUUUGAAUUUGCUAAUGUUGAAAAACCUUUUGAGAGUUACACAGGUUCAAAUGUUCGGCUGCGAUACUUUCUUCGAGUAACAAUUGUUCGGAGACUUAGUGACAUUGUUAAGGAACUUGAAUUAGUUGUGCAUACGCUGAGUUCUUAUCCAGACAUGAAUAAUCCUAUCAAAAUGGAAGUAGGCAUCGAAGACUGUCUGCAUAUUGAAUUUGAGUAUAACAAAAGCAAAUAUCAUUUAAAAGACGUAAUUGUUGGAAAAAUAUACUUUUUGCUCGUUAGAAUCAAAAUCAAACAUAUGGAAAUAGCCAUUAUAAAACGGGAAACAACAGGUUCAGAGUAUAUAUUUGCAGGACCCCAUACAUUUACUGAGAACGAAACUAUUGCCAAAUAUGAAAUAAUGGACGGAGCACCGGUUAGAGGCGAAUCUAUUCCUAUAAGAGUAUUCUUGGCAGGGUAUGAUCUGACCCCAACAAUGCGCGAUAUUAAUAAAAAAUUUAGUGUCAGAUAUUAUCUGAAUUUAGUUCUAAUGGACGAAGAGGAUCGGCGUUACUUCAAACAACAGGAAAUAACAUUAUGGAGAAAAGGAGAGAAGAGCAGAAAAUCUCAAACCGCUUCCCCACAUAUGCCAUCACAUUUAGUAUCAGCGGAAACUGGGUUUCCUCAAGGAGCUGCUCAAAAUGGGCCACCAUCAAUUUCAUCUUGUCCAAGUCAAUCAGUAUCCAGUAGUAUCACGGGUAUUGAAGAUAUUCAUGCUCCAAUCGAAGGCAUGACACGAGAGGAAGGUGACGGUGAGGGCGAGAAAGAAAUAAAUACCGAAAGCAACUAAGUGCAUUAAUGUAGAGGGCUUUGACAGAAGCUGGUAAAAACAAGAGGACUGAGCAACUCAAAGAUUGCACAGUGGGGAUUAGUUUUACUUGAAUUUAGGUUUUGCCGUAUUCUCGAGGAGACAUGUUUCGUGGUAGACAUUGGAGAAAUGAGGACUUGCACUGUGAAGUUGUAUAUAUAUUUUUGCAUAUGUGGCUACAUUAAUUGCUCUAACAGAAGGAAAAUUUAUCUGAGUUUAGACAAAGGACAUAUUGCAGAUAAAAAUUUAUGCUGAUAUAAAGAAUGAAUUAUUAGUCUGCUUUCUCUGAGACUAAUUUCACGCAUACAACGUAUGCUUCUAGUGUACCUGCAGGAACAGGUUACGAAACAAAAUAUUAUCUUGACGUACAAAUUAUUCGCUGAUAUAAAGUACUGGAAAUUAUAAGAAUUUUUUAAAAUUGGAAUCCAUUUUUCUUUCAUUAAGAUUGUACCGUUUGCUAAAGGUUUUACAUUUUCAGUAGCAGUUUACAUACUGCACAAUUUUCAAAAUCGAAAUGUGUUUUCUGGUAACCUCCUGCCUGAUUAGAGGAUUUAUCAAUUUAGUGAAGCUAUAAGUUGCAGUUCACUCAUAAAGGCAAACAUUUCAUUGAUGCGACAGGAUGUUCUACGCUUGGUAUCCUCAGUCUAUAAUAUUAUGAUAUAAGCAGAAUUGCUGUCAAAUGGUGGUCAUACCGUAAUUUUGUAACAUUCUACAUAAAUGAAGAAUGGAUGUAAAAAUAUUUAUGAAUGCAUAUUAGUCGACACGAUUGUGCACUCUGUUUUGUGCAGAUAAAUUUAUCAUUUUCUGCGUCCUUUGUUAUUUGUUGACCAAAAACUUGUAAAUGAAUGAUGGAUCAUUAGUUAUGAUUGUGAAAAUGUCAAAUAUGUGUAUUACAAUUAUUAUUAUUAUUAUCAUCAUCAGUAUACGAUA